CUUGUGCCCUUGCUGCCCUGGGCCCUUUAGAGUUCGUGGGCCCCAAUUGCCCAGUUGCCCAUAUGGUUAAUCCGGCCUUGCGGGUAUCAUACCCUGGUGGUGGGAGGUUAUGGAUCUGAAUGAGACUAAAUCAUUCAUGCAUUAGUUUUUAAUCGGCGCCCCAUAGAGAAGAUUUACGAGCCGGGGCUAUUGGAGCUACUGGUCUCCCAGUGAUCUGACAGCCAGCCAAUGGGAGCGCAGUCUCGCACGAGCCUGGCGCCUCUCGCGCACGGUGAGCCGGGAGCUGGAAACCGGAGGCGCCCACACACGAGCCGCUCGCGUGCAGCUCGUGUGUAUAAAAGCAGCUGGCUGGAGGACUGCCCGCCUCACUGUCAUCGGUUCUGAGGGCUGAACGCGGCCGGACUCUCUCCCGGUUCUCCGUCGUCCUGCCACCUCCUGCAUGGUUUAAACAUGCCAGCCGGUACCGGAACAUCACCAUCCACCGCAGCUGCGACCCCGGCACGCGACGAGUUCGCCCGGAGCGAGAGCAGAAAGAGCUCUAAACCCAUAAUGGAGAAGCGGCGGCGCGCGCGCAUCAACGAGAGUCUGGCUCAGCUGAAGACCCUGAUCCUGGACGCGCUGAAGAAAAACAGCUCCAGGCACUCCAAACUGGAGAAGGCGGAUAUUCUGGAGAUGACUGUGAAGCACCUGAGGAACGUGCAGCGGCUCCAGAUGAGCGCGGCUGUAAACACAGAUCCCAUCAUCCUGGCGAAAUACAGAGCUGGAUUCAGCGAGUGUGUCGGAGAGGUGACUCGUUUCCUGUCCACGUGUGAAGGGGUGAACGGCGAGGUCAGGACGCGCCUCCUUGGCCACCUCGCGGCCUGUGUGACCCAGCUCAGUUCUGUGACCCUUUAUGGACCUCAUUACAGCGCCCUGGGGCCGGCCCCACCAGUGCUGCUGAAUACCAGCUCACAGCUGCACCCGUCCCCCGAAGCCGUGAAGGUGUUCGCUGGCUUGCAGGUCGUGCCCUCUCCUGACGGACAGUUUGCUGUUCUGGUUCCCAGCGCGGCUCUGGCUCCGGUCCAGACUCACGGUACCACCGCGCCUCCCGUCGUCACCUCAGACUCCAUGUGGAGGCCUUGGUAGGACUGGAGGACCCUGCCAGCAGCAAGGACAAAAAAAACUUAUUUUUGUACAUUUUGUUACCAUUUUUGAGCGUUUUUGAUCCGUCGUGGGGACUGUUUAGAAAAGUUUGUUUGUUUUUUACGAAAUAACAAUUAUAAACUGUAUUUUCUAUUUGUCUAUGACUUCUUUAAGUUCUGUUCUUUACUGAUGAAUUAAACGUUUUCUCACUA